UAACACUACCUUCCAUACAUCUUUUGAAAUUCUCAGUUUCGUUUCUUCUUUCUUUCUUUUACCAUUCCAUGUUCUUCUUAGGUAGAAAUUUUAAAAAAUUAGAGGCGAUGAUGACAAAAAAACAUUUCUCGAUACUGAAACUUACUCGAGGGACCAAAACCACUCUUGUAAUCUUUCUUGAUGUUUGUUGUUUGUGCGUGUCUGAGCCUCUCUGUUUAUCUAUUACCACUCUUAAUAGACUUUGUUUGUGUUUAGAUUGUGUUUUUCGUUAAUCAGAUUGGAGAAUAAAUCGACUAUUGUAAUUAUAACAAUGCAUGGAAGAAGCAGAUCAGUUAUGUCUGGCGGCUAAAUCCAACGACUUCAAAAAGGUUCAAACUUUAAUUACCUCCGGCGCCGACGUUUCUCACUUUGACGGCGAUGGUCUAACGCCGUUAAUGCACGCCGCUAUAACCGGAAACGCCGAGAUAAUCUCUGCAUUGCUCGAAGCGGGAGCUCCAUGGAACGCUCUAUCUCCAUCAAACCUCUCAGCUGGAGACUUCGCAAUGGAAGCAGGACACCAAGAAGCGUUCGAUCUCCUCCUCAAAACCGGAAUCCAAUCCGAGCUAAUCUUGGGAACAAUCGCUCGCAAAGAAACCAAGAACGAAUACUCCAACCAAGAGUAUCUCCAAGACCGAGUCACCUUCAGCGAAGACAAGAUCAUGGACAACGAGAGCAAAGGAGUGAUGAUGGCUUGGGAGAAGCCGCUAAUGGAAGCUCACGCUAAAGCCAUCUGCACCAACGGUGGCUCCAUUCUCAACGUCGGGUUCGGUAUGGGACUUGUAGAUACAGCGAUACAACAGUAUAAUCCGACCAAACACACGAUCAUCGAAGCUCAUCCGGAUGUGUACAAGCGUAUGAUCGAGUCCGGUUGGGGGGAGAAGGAGAACGUGAGGAUUGUUUUCGGGAGGUGGCAAGAUGUUGUUGGCGAGCUUGACGAGUGUGGCUACGAUGGGAUAUUUUUCGAUACGUAUGGAGAGUAUUACGAAGAUUUGUGGGAGUUUCAUCAGAAUCUUCCGAAGCUUUUGAAGGCUGAUGGGGUUUAUUCGUAUUUUAAUGGGUUUUGUGGGAGUAAUGCGUUUUUUCAUGUUGUGUAUUGUAAUCUGGUGACGUUGGAGAUUGAGAGUUUGGGGUUUAGCACUCAGUUGAUUCCGUUGCCGGUUAAGGAUUGUCUUGGUGAUGAAGUUUGGGAAGGUGUCAAGCAAAAGUAUUGGCAGCUUGAUACUUAUUAUCUACCUGUUUGUCAGUUUAGUGAGUGAAGUUUUACAACUUCCAAGUUUUGUAAUCUCUUUGAUACUCUUAGUUAUGAAAGUAUUGAUUAGCUACUAAAUCUUUUUUAUUAGAAAUUUGCCAAAAUAUGAUGAAAACAGUCUUUUUGUCCUUUAGUAUAAAAUGUUUUUUGUCUUA